CAAGAUGACAACCCAUGAGGACUGAUCCUUUCCUUUGGCGUCCUUCCAGAGCCAUGCAAGAAAGAGACUAAGAGCCAGCCAGCAUACAGCAGAAAACACCGCCCGUGUACUGUCCUAAGCUGAUCCCAAGUGCCAGGAAGAUGGAGCCACGCUUGCUGACAUGGGGAUUACUCACAUUUAUCAUGGUACCAGGCCACUUGACAGAGGACUGUGAUCAGGACCCCCCAGUCAUCAACUACGCCACAUACAAAGCCCUCACCUACAAGAAUGGCACAAUGGUAUACUGUAACUGCAAGAAAAAUUUUCGCAGGAUAAAAAAUGGGGCAAUCUAUCUGAUGUGUAGUGGAAACUCUUCCUGGACCAACAAAUGUCAAUGUGUAAGCACUUCCCCAAGGAGCAUAAGAGAAUCAGUUACACCUCAACCUGAAGAACACAAAGGAAAAAACACCACAGCAAUGCAAAGUCAGACACAGCCUGUGGACAUGGUAAACCUUCCAGAUGACUGCUUGGAGCCCCCUCCAUGGAAACAUGAAGCUGAAAACAGAACUUACCACUUCAAGGUGGGGCAGACAGUUCACUACCAGUGCAUCCAAGGCUACCAGGCCAUACAGAGAGGUCCUGCCAUAAGCAUCUGCAAAAUGACCUGUGGGGAAGCGAGGUGGACCAGGCCCAGGCUCACAUGCAUAGCUGAAAGCCAGCUCCAUUUGUUUGCGGGUCAGGAAGACCCUCUUGCAAGCACAGAUGCCCUUCCUGAAAGUGAGACUUCCUGUCCCACCACCACAACAGAGUUUCCAGAAGAGAUGGAAACAGCUACCACCAUGGAGACUCCCAUAUUUCCAAGCGAGUAUCAUGUAGCAGUGGCCGGCUGUGUGUUCCUGCUGGUCAGCAUCCUGUUCCUGAGUGGCCUCACCUGGCAGUGGAGAUGGAAGAAGAACAGAAGAGCCAUCUAGAAAACCAAGAAUAGUAAGAAGUCAAGAGAAGUCAUGAAGCAUAAGACCAAGGAAGUAGAACACCUACCCAGCAGGCAUCUCGUGAUCCGUUAGGUUUUGGAAAGCUCUGAAGUAGCCUCAUGGCAACCCAUCAUCACUAAACCAGUCUGUGCCAUCAAAGAGUGAGUUCUAGUCUCUUACAAACCUCAAGGCCAAAGUCUUCAAAGGGAAAGAGAAGGAACAACCAGAACACUUGGUCUUAUUUUUGUGUAUAUGAGUUGAUGAAAGCUAGAAUGGUAUGAAACUCCACACCACACACAACAUAAAGAAAAGUACCAUCAUGUGGACUUCAUUCCAACUUAUCAGCUUGGAAAUCCCAAGUAAAACCCAGCACUAACAUAAAUAUAGCCCCACCCCAAGUUCCUGGACCUUGCUUAUGUGGUUCUUUUCCCAGGCUCUGGCUGACAACCCCAUUCCCCUAAUUAUAAUUACUUACUGAGCAUCUUGUAAGAACUCUGAGAUAAUAACAAGGAUGCCUUUUUUUUUUUAUAUAAAAAGCCCAGUCCUAUAAGGAAACACAUUUGUUUUGUGACUUUGAUUUUUAUUUCCAAAAGAACAGAAGCUAAGGUAGAGUAAUUUAGGGGUAACACCAAAAUAGUACAGCCAAGCUCUGGGAAUUAUACAGAAUUGAUAUUUAAAAGGAUUUCACUGGAGUCAAUGUCAUAAACAGAACAAUAAACCGGGUUUCAGGCCAUGAAUUAUGUUUAUUGAAAUAUUUUGUCUCUAUAUUGGGCCUCUUUAUAAGAGUUUGUAUUUUUGGGAUGUCUCUAAGUCAAACUCUGAAUCUGGCCUGCACUAAUAUAAUGUUUACAGUUAGGUACACAAUGUGCAAAUGGGUAUAUUUUCCCAAUAUUUGUCAUAGAAACACUGAAAAUAGAUCAAUACUUUCAAUGUCUAUGGGAGGAAUGAAAGAAGAAUGAGGAAAUGAUGGAGAGAUUAUAUUGAUCAGAUUUAACUUUGGUAGAGAUAUCCCAGUCGUCCUAAAAUGUUACCAAAAAGUUAGGCAAACCAAGGUCAUCUGGAGACUUCUUUAAAACACAGAUUUCUGGGCCCAUUUCAAAAUCUCCGACUCAUUAGACCUGGCACUUACAGUUCUAGCAAGUUCCCAGGUGAAACUAAUGAUCCUGGUCCACAGACUAUAUUUUGAGAAUCCCUGCAUUUUCCCUGUGCAAACCUUCCCUCAGUCCUUCCUCCCAAAAUCACCUUCAGUGUUUAGGUUUCAAUGAAAUCUUCUGGGUAAGAUAUUGCUUGUCAAUCCAGUUAACUCAGGUGUUCAAGUUUAACACCUGAUAUUUAAACUAUUGCCCAGCUUCCACUUCUGAAAAGGCAGAGUAAUGCCUUGAAAAUAGUGGUGGAUUUCAGCAGAGUCUAGAUACAAAUGGUCAUUUUCUGUCCUUUUUUUUGACCAGUCAGGUACAAACCAGAGUUUCUCCAAAUAGAUGACCCCCUUCCCCAAAUAUGUUUUCUGGGUAAAGUUGAGAAGAUUAGAGUGGAGAAAACAAUGUUUUACUCUUACUUGAGUAAAAUUGAACAGUAUUAUCAUUACUCAGUUUGGGGUAGAGAAAACUGUUACAUAAAAAAAUUCUUAUGAUAUGUUAUUUACCAAUUUUUGUUUGCCUUC